ACGGUUCGGUGUGAAGUGAAGAAGAAGGGGGCCGGAGAGUAGACCCCAAAUCCCUUGAUCUUUCUCCUUCCGCCGCCCCUGGUCGUAGGGCUCGUCUGACAUCGUUGAUCUCUGAUGGCGGUGGCUGAGGCAACGGUGGCGGCUGCCGGGGCAGUAUUGCUGUACCUGGUCCUCUGCGGGAGGGUGUCGGAGGAGGAGGAGGAGGAGAAGGAGAAGGAGAAGGAGAAGGAGAGUGGCGAGAGCAGUACCGAAUCCGUCGUCGUGGAGAGCCGUGGGAGUGGGAAGAGGUGGAGCAGGAGACGGCGAAUGAGGAUGUAUGCGCGGCGGUCGGCUGAGCCGCCGGUGACGUGGAUGGGGAAGGCGGCUCUGGUAGCGAGCACGGUCCGUCUUACCUACUCCGAGACAAUGGGUAGGUGGCCGCUCUCUGAUCUGUUAUUCGGGAUCAGGCACCACAUGCGGCGGCAGGGUAACCUAGAGGUUGCAAGUGUGUUUACUGGGAACAACUGCAUAGAGCUGAAAGGCUGUGAAAUUUUGGCCGAAUUGACCCAUAUGCUAAGUUUGUUGCGGUUGUGUUUUUUAUUCUCAAAGAAACCUUAUCAUGUUCUUAUGGAAUCUGGCGGAUUCAGUGAAGAAGAUGUUAUUAUUAAAGAGCCCAAGACAGGGCUUUUGAAGCCUGCCUUCACAAUCUUGCGUGACAGAAAUUCCAAGACAUUUUUUCUUGUGAUCCGUGGGGCCAUAAGCUUGAAGGAUAAACUGACAGCAGCAACUAGUUCUAUGGUUCAAUUUCACCAUUUUGUCGCAACUGAAGGUCGCACAGACAGUUUGAUUAUAGGAUAUGCACACUCUGGUAUGGUUGCUGCAGCUCGUUGGAUCGCUAAACGUUCCAUUCCUCAUCUAAUAAAAGCAAUGAACAAAUAUCCAGACUACAAUUUCCUGAUUAUUGGACACUCAAUGGGUGCUGCUAUAGCCGCAAUUCUAACAUAUAUUUUUCGAGAGCAUGAAGAGUUCUCGUCAACCACGUGUGUUGCAUUUGGUCCAGCUGCUUGCAUGUCAUGGGAGUUAGCAGAGUCUGGCAAAAAGUUUAUUACUUCUGUUGUCAAUGCAACUGAUCUUGUGCCAACUUUUUCAGCUGUUUCUGUUGACAAUCUUCGUUCUGAGAUUAAGGCCUCUUCAUGGCUACAAAAUGAAAUUCAGCAUACAACAUUCUUAAAAGGAUUAUAUCACUUUAUGACUACUCUAAGGUCUUGUAUGCCAUCUUUAUCCGUUGUGAGGUAUAGGGUUAGAGAGGCUCGCACGUUCCUACAUCCUGUGUCAAAAAGCACUGAGGUUGUAAUUAAAAAAACAACAGCUACAUGGCACUCAUCUAUCUCAUGUUGUUCGGGCAAAAAUAGAAAGCGCCGAUCAUUCAUUGCACGCACUAGCCCUGAUGAGGAUGGGUUACCUGGCUCACAGGUCGAGCCAGUAAGCAACACUAUUGCAGUUGAGUCGGCUGGACAGAAGCCAUCAUCAGAAAAGCCUACCAACAGUGCCUCUGGCUAUGAAGAAAUAGCGGAAGGUGAGGAAAUUUUGCUUGUUGAUCAUGCACUCGGAGUUCGGUCGCUAGUGCUAAAAAGCAACGCCGACCUCCAUAAUGAAGAUAAGCAGGGCUUAGGAAACAAUAUAGACAAAAAAAUGUGGAUUGAAACAAUGCUAAAUGCAAUACCUACAAGCUCAAAUGAUCAAGAGGUGCACCAGUUGUUUCCUCCUGGUAGAAUCAUUCAUAUGGUCGCAGUUCCUGCAUUGAAUUACUCUGAAUCUUUUGAAGAUGCUUUCAACAAUAGAAGCAUAGGCAUCUAUGAAACUCCAAGAGAUAUGUAUGGGAAAAUCCGUCUAUCACAGACCAUGAUCAGUGAUCACUACAUGCCUCGGUAUAAAAGAAUGAUGGAGUUGUUAAUUGAUAAGCUAAGAAGAGAAAAUAACAUCUCAACUACUUUUUAGUGGCGGUUGGUUGGGGCAUUUGGGAGGGAUUUUUUUUUCUUCUGAUUGAUUCUGCAUUCGUGUACAGUUUCUUAUUAGUCCAUCUUUCAACUGUAUAUUAUUUGUGUGUUUUACCAGAUACUGCAGUUUGUGCGUAAGGAUAUUGUUUAAUGGCACAUUCAGUUCAAUAAUUGUUGAAGCUGUAGAAUGAUUAUUGGAUUCUAUAUUGAAGAACUUGGGCUUGGCAAGGUUAUUACUUCA